AUGGCCAUGUUAGCUUCCAAGACGCCCUUCCCAGCGGCCCUGCUCUCGACUUCCAACCUCUCUUCCGCGCAGAGCUCUGCCAUCCAAUCAAGUCGAAGGGCCCCGGCCAUGAUGACUUCACAUCAAUCGUUUGCUAGCCCGACAGAGUCCGAAUUUUCCGAUGUCGAAGGGCCAGAAUCCGCGAAGAAUUGGGAUGAAGAAAGAGUCUGUGAUUGGCUAAGGAGUAUCAACUGCGGAGACUAUGAGAAGUUGUUCAAGAAGAAUAAUAUUAAUGGGGAGAAUCUCUUGGAAAUGGACAAAGCAGUGCUCCAAGAGAUGGGGAUCGAAAAGAUUGGGGAUCGCGUCCGUCUAUUUCUGGGAAUUAAGAAGCUUAGAACAAAGGCGUACGCCAACCAGAAGAAAAGGAAUAGGGAUUCUUUUGCCGGCCUCGAUGCCUAUACACCAUCAUCAUCUGGGUCUCCACGACCUCCCAAUUCCGGAAGUCGAGCUAUGCCAACACCCCCGGCUAAUAAAAGGUAUUCGAGACAAUUCGAAAGCUUUAACCCGGCAACUGCCAUACCUGAAAAUGUCACCAAGGCUCCUUCAAGACCCAAUUCUCCCCUCACCGGAUCAGAGGUUAGAGUAGUCAGACAGCAGCGGUAUGGAGUGAUGAGCCCAGCCGAAACGGCAAGGCGAGAGAAUGCACAAGGCUACUUCAAUGGCUCAAGUAUUCCUUCGAGUGCAGCGACUAUCAGUGGUAGAAGACCUACUACACCCGCGGAUGGACAACCACAGACAGCACGUAUCGUCCACCAUAGGGGCAACGGUAGUGUCGACACAAAUCUGGUGGCCCUGUUACCACCAGAUCAAGGAUUGGUCAGAGUCAUUUCAGCGGGAGACCGGACAAAGGUUUUCAAGGUUACGGAUUGCCAGUCGGUUGACGAAGUUAUGCGAUUGACAUUGAGGAAACACGAGUUCCGUGAGGAUCGUAUUCGAAGCUACUGUUUCUAUGUGCUGUCCGGGCUGGAAGCUGACCCCACUCAAUGUCGACGCCUAUCUGAAACGGAACUCUGGCGUAUUAUCAAGGAUCCAAAAAGAAAUGAAAGAAACCGUCUGAUGCUUCGAAAGAUUCACGAAGGACCCCCGGGUGAUGCCGAGAUUAAACGGGCAGCUGCUAUCGCGAUGGAAGAGGUCACUGUUAAUCACACUCGGGCUCUUGAGAGCGCCGACAACAAACGAAGUGUACCAAAAUUACAACAGGUUCUUGGUGAGAGCUGGAAUAGUGGUCUGCAACAUCCCCUCUCACCUGCAUCAUUUCAGUCAACUGGCUCAGCUGUUUCCGCUGGGGAGCGAGAGCACAACAUAUGGAACACUGUCAAAGAUCUAGAACGCCCCCCUUCCAUGGAGCAGCCACGGGAUACUACCAGACACAGGCCAACUGCUGGAAAGAAAGUCCUCCGUCAAUUCUUUGGUCAAAGGCCCCCCAGUGAGCUGAUUACUUCCGACUUGACAACCUACUUCCCGGACCAUCCUCGAGAAGAGAUUGACCGUACUGCCCGGCUUUCGUUGCGGAGAUCAACGCGUCUAAGCAAGGUCAACAGCCGACUUAGUGUUGCAAGCAACUUGAGCUUUGCAUCAAGUGUCGCAGAUGCCCCACCAAUGCCGACCAUUGCCGACACCUGGUUAAAUGGUAAUGGCCACCUUGCAAAGGUCAAACCCUUGGACUUAUCUCGGGGCAAUAGCAACCGCUAUAGAGAUUCGACAGCAUCAUCGUUACUUGAGCGCGUACAGGAAGAGUCUCCUAUCGAGCCCAAUCGGAAGUCAUAUGUCUCCUUCGACAGCGGGUCUGAUACUACAAAUGUGAAUGUCACAGAUCCAGACGGCAACACUCAGAGCUAUUUUGAUGAAGCCAGUACUGAAGCCAGUGGCUCAUUGCGAGACAUAAGCCAGGCUCUGACUGAAGACGGAGAAGAUGCUGAUGAAGAGUUACAAAGCUUCCUGGCUGGAGAUUCUUGGGACGAUAGCAAGUGGAUGAAAGGUGCUCUUAUUGGACAAGGUUCAUUCGGUAGUGUGUACCUGGCUCUACAUGCUGUCACUGGAGAGCUUCUAGCCGUCAAACAGGUGGAGGCACUCUCACCUGGCUCAAACAGCGCCAACGAUGCGAGAAAGAAGAGUAUGAUUGAUGCCCUAAAGCGUGAGAUCAGUCUUUUGCGGGACCUUCAGCACCCAAAUAUUGUACAAUAUCUCGGUGCUAGCUCUUCCUCAGAGACCCUCAACAUUUUCCUCGAGUACGUUCCUGGUGGAUCAGUCCAGACUAUGCUCAACUCCUAUGGAGCUCUUCGGGAACCCCUUAUUCGCAACUUUGUCCGUCAAAUCGUCACUGGGCUCGCCUAUCUACACGGACGGGAUAUUAUCCAUCGAGACAUCAAGGGCGCCAACAUUUUGGUCGACAACAAAGGUGGCAUUAAAAUUUCUGAUUUUGGUAUCUCGAAGAAGAUGGAGGCCUCCAACAUCCUUACUGGUGCUUCUCAAAACAAGAAUCGACCAUCCCUUCAAGGAUCUGUCUUCUGGAUGGCUCCCGAGGUGGUAAAGCAGACAUCUUAUACCAGGAAAGCCGAUAUCUGGUCACUUGGAUGCCUCGUGGUUGAGAUGAUGACUGGAACGCAUCCAUUCCCCGACUGCUCGCAACUGCAAGCAAUCUUCAAGAUCGGUGGUGCUAAGAUCAGCCCCACCAUUCCAGAUCAUGCCAGUUCUGACGCGAAGACUUUCUUGCAACAAGCCUUUGAGGUCGAGCAUGUGAAGCGGCCAAGUGCUGAAGAGUUGCUCUUCAGUCCCUUCCUCAAUGCCAUUACAUGA